GAGAUCAAACAGGCUGAGGGAUACAAAUGUAAGAAUUGUGUCCAAUUUAACCAUCAAUAGUAGAGCAUUGGAAACCAUUGAACAGACGAAGCCUUACAAAUGAGUUCAUAAAAAAAUAUUUUUAUACAAAAAUAAUCAAAUUCUACCCCAUACAGAGUAGGAUAUAUUUGCAAUCUACGGGGGGCUUGCUUGUUGCUAUUGGUCAAUGGUGCAAUGUUUUUUCUGACUCUGGUGUUUGAUGAUGUCAUGUUGCUCACGAGUAGAAGGCUGAGAUUUUUUUACAGUCAUAGGGCUGAGUAGGUGAGGGGAGUGCAAACUACAACUUUGGAAAAGAUUCAGGAAAUACAUUUCUAAUCAUACAGGGUGGAAACAUUUUCACCUAUUGGAUUUAUUGCUUGAGGAAUUUAUUUCUGUACAAUGGGGGAUUUACAUCAAGGUGUCUACAUCGUCUUUGUAGAAAGCCAACACUUUUUCCAGCCAUGGAACUCCACAAGAGAUAAGGGACAGUUCUUGUGAAAGUCCCGUUGAUGUCAGAUCUAGGAAACGAAUGGUUUGGCGUAACUAGGAUUAACUGGUUGCUGGACAGUUCCAUUGGCGAUACAACAAGGCGAUGCCACCCCAGGACGACGGAGAUUAUAAACCUGUAGCGGUGUCGGCGGCGGUCCCACCGGUUCCUCCUCCGAGGGUUCGGAGCAGAGAGUCGUUUUCGGGCUCCAAGUGUCGGUCCGGUGGCGGAGAGCGUAAAGUGAAGUGUGUGCUUGUCGGUGACGGCGCAGUUGGGAAGACGAGCUUGAUUGUCAGCUACACCACAAAUGGAUAUCCAACUAAAUAUGUCCCAACUGCCUUUGAUAAUUUUUCAGCGGUCGUGGCAGUUGAUGGCAAGCCAGUGAAACUGCAGCUUUGUGACACAGCUGGACAGGAUGAGUUUGACAAGCUGCGUCCGCUCUGCUACACCAACGCAGACAUCUUCCUGCUGUGCUUCAGUGUCGUCAGCCCCUCCUCCUUCCAGAACGUAACAGAGAAAUGGGUGCCAGAGAUUCGCCGGCACUGCCCGCAGGCACCGGUGGUUCUGGUGGGCACCCAGUCAGACCUGCGGGAGGAUGUUAAUGUUCUGAUUGAGCUGGCCAAGUACAAAGAGAGGCCUGUGGUGCCCCAGGAGGCCCAGCAGUGUGCCGAGGACAUGAGGGCCGUGUCAUACAUGGAGUGCUCAUCACUCACCCAGAAGAAUCUCAAAGAGGUGUUUGACGCAGCCAUCGUGGCCAGCAUCCAGCACUCUGACAGUCAGCAGCAGCAGCAUCGACUGACAAAACGGACUCCAGACAAGAUGAAGAAGCUUUCUAAGUCAUGGUGGAAGAAGUACUGUUGCGUGGUUUAGCCUCUAUCUGUGUGUGUGACAGGACGGACGCAUAGGUUCCAAUUUUGCUUCCAUGUCAGCACGUUAACAGACUUUAGGGGCAGUAAGGAAAACAGUGACUGGAAUAUGGACGAAGGUCUGGUCUGAAGUAUCUGAGUUAUGUGUAGGUUAGGCCUCAAUGACCCCAUGCUAUUUUUGCUUUACCAACGUGAGCUGCACUGGAGACAGAGCUGACUUCCCUCAAAGACUACUCAUUGACUUUCCAUUGCCUUAUAUCCAUGAUCCCAGGGGGGGGACGGGGGACGGGACAGCUUCUACAUGGACUACUGUGGAAGAUGAAGCCCUCUUGAUAACCAGGAGGGAUUAUGUUGUUAUAUCAUUGUUUUAUUAACCUGGUUUACUCUGACCUUUCCCAUGGUAAGUGUACAGUAUGUAAACUCAGAUUCAUUUAGCAUAUGAGAUUGAGUCAACUUUCCGAUGUGGGAUUUACCAUCUCUUCGAUUUAGCAGUGCCUAUGGUAAAAAAAAAGAAUCUGUGCAGUAAUCAGAUAAUGCGAGGAGAGUACUGUGUAACGUUCAAUAUUUUAAUGCGUGUUCUUUCAGCCCAUAUUGGAGAGCCUCAUUUGGCUUGUUGUCUAAUGUACAAACCACAUAGAAACAUAGAUUUGUUUUCUCCAAAAAUAUUUUUUCAGAAUUUCUAGCUGUUGUUUACAUUAGGACAUGUGUUCUGUCCAAGCUCAUAUGAGGGUCACAGUCUCUAGCUAUGUGCUGGAAUUCUAACUAGACUUGUUGACCUUUGGUUCACUUCACCAUAGCACCACCUGAGGAGUUUUAAACAAACACCUUACUCUGUACAGGGCUGACUGCAGCUGAGUCAACGUUAACUUUUAACUACCUUACUCUGUACAGGGCUGACUGCAGCUGAGUCAACGUUAACUCUUAACUACCUUACUCUGUACAGGGCUGACUGCAGCUGAGUCAACGUUAACUCUUAACUACCUUACUCUGUACAGGGCUGACUGCAGCUGAGUCAACGUUAAUUAUUAACUACCUUACUUUGUACAGGGCUGACUGCAGCUGAGUCAACGUUAACUUUUAACUACCUUGCUCUGUACAGGGCUGACUGCAGCUGAGUCAACGUUAACUCUUAACUACCUUACUCUGUACAGGGCUGACUGCAGCUGAGUCAACGUUAAUUAUUAACUACCUUACUUUGUACAGGGCUGACUGCAGCUGAGUCAACGUUAACUCUUAACUACCUUACUUUGUACAGGGCUGACUGCAGCUGAGUCAACGUUAACUCUUAACUACCUUACUCUGUACAGGGCUGACUGCAGCUGAGUCAACGUUAACUUUUAACUACCUUACUUUGUACAGGGCUGACUGCAGCUGAGUCAACGUUAACUCUUAACAGCUAGCAGAGUAAGGUAGUUAUUAAUGACUAUGAGCAAAUAAUUCAAUAUCUUUCUGAAACCAAUACCAUGGAAAGAGUAUGUUAAUUGUCCCAAGCAAGCUUAACAAUACCAUAAUCUUGUAUUAUGUUGAAAAAAAGUUGUCAAUACCUAUUUUCCUAUCACUGUGGCAUAUGUGAUGUCUAUCUCUGUCAAUACAGUGUUCUGAUUUAACCUAUAGAGAUGAGGUUAUUAGAAUUUCAAAAUGAUAACCAUAGAAUUAGGAAUUAGAAUACUAAAAUGGACAUGAACAUUCUUAAGAUGGUCCAAAGGUCAGCCAUUUUGUUCAGGGAGUUGGGCAACUAUGGUUUGACAGUGCUGUGAUAAGAUAUGGUGUGAAACAAUGAAUGUGUAGAAUUUAUCUGUACUGUGUGUUUGUUAGCUAGCUAGCCAGCCAGUUUUAGAGGAAUUUUUCCAUUAAUUGUUCAAAUUAAAUGCCAAUAUGCCAACAUUCCAUUCAAACAAUGCAGUCAAUCCACAGCCGUACACUGGCCGAAAUCAGUUGAUGAUAGGACUGAGACAACUUGUAAAUGCAACAACUACUGAUACUGUAUCAUAAAAGCACUCACAACUUUCCAAGAAAAUAAAAUCUGAGACAUU